AACAUUUUGAAGUUAUGGAUGAAGAAAUCUUAAACUUAAGUUUGAUGUGGAUAAAAAGAGAAGUUUGUUCUGCAAUGUAAUGCACUGUACUCCGACUCACUUACAGCAUCCAAGCCAGGAAAGAUGAGUUCGAAGACAAAGAAAAAAAGUCGAACGUGCUUCGGGGCAACAGCACCGCCCUUCAUUGACUACCUGCAAGAUAUUCUACGACGAUAUCCAGAUGGUGGACAAAUUUUGAAGGAGCUGAUUCAAAAUGCAGAUGAUGCUAAAGCCACAGAAGUGGUUUUCAUCCAUGAUGAGAGAAGCUAUGGGACCGAGAGCCUUUGGACUGAUAACUUGGGAGAAUACCAAGGUCCGGCUCUCUACGCCUACAACAAUGCAGCAUUCACUGAUGAUGACUGGGAAGGAAUUCAGAUGGCAGGGAGGAGUGUCAAACGCAAUGACCCAAACAAAGUUGGGAGGUUUGGAAUCGGCUUCAACUCUGUUUACCACAUAACAGAUGUGCCAAGUAUAUUCAGUUCAGAGCACCUUGGCUUUAUGGACCCCCAAGAAAAAAUAUUUGGAGAAAGAAAGGGAGGUUUUCUGUGGUCUAUGGAUGAUGCAGAACACCAAGAAGCUCUAACGACAAUGCAUGAUCAGUUCCAACCCUUUCGAGAUAUAGUGUCACUUGUAAGCAGACAAGAAUGGUCAAAAGUCAUCAUGGAGGAUCAGCACUUUGACGGGACAAUUUUCAGGUUCCCCUUGCGCAAAGAGGCAUCAGAUAUUUCAGAUAAUCUAUAUGACUCUGACAAGGUGGUUGAGCUUUUUGAUAGCUUUAUUGCGGAUGCAGAUUUAAGCCUUCUGUUCCUGAAAAAUGUGACUUCUGUGUCCUUGAAGCAUAUCGACAUACACGGCACUGUUAAUACCAGACUUGAAGUGAAAUCCUCGGUCCGCACAGAUGUCGUUCUGGAGUCAGAAGAUGAGUCGAUCGUUGAGGGUUCAACAAAGUUCAAAUUUAUAACCCUCAACUCAGAAGACCACAAGGAAACAAAGUGGCUUGUGACAACAUGUACCAUGAAAGAUGGCAAUGUAGAAAAUCUUGAUUCACUCUCAAAAAAGUUAAGCUUUUUCCCCCAAGUUGACUUGGCUUUCCCUUGUGGUGAGAGCAGAGACUGUAGUGAAAGUAGACUGAGCUGCUUUCUCCCCCUCCCAAACAAUGAAUCCAACAAGACAGGACUCCCCGUUUAUGUCAACGCGUGCUUUGGCCUCACAGACAACAGAAGACAGAUCAAGUGGCAAGAGGAAGACCAGAAACAUGACGAGCAUGCUGUGUGGAAUGAAUUGCUGAUAAAAGAGGUGCUCCCACAGGCAUACGUCAUGAUCAUUCAAGAUGCUAUCAGACUUGCCCAAGAAUCUCAUCUGCCUGUUUCUUCAGUAUACAAGCUGUGGCCAGAUAUUGCCCAGAUGAAGCACAAAGAGAAAUGGUAUGUCGUUGCUCUGGAUGUUCUUCAUCACUUAUUCAGCCAGAAUGUGGCUGUCCUUUCUCUUGCUAAAGAUGAAAAAGAGUUCAUCACUCCAUCAGAAGCUGUGUUCCCCUGUAAUGGUCCAACAAGCCCUGACAUAUUGGCCGCCAUUAAAAAGACUUUGGUUUCCUGUGGGGAAAAUCUUGUCACUUUACCAGGUAGUGUUGCAAGAGCUAUAAAAGAGGCCUACCCACACUUCAACACUCUAAAACAUGCGACUCCAACCUUCCUAAGGGACGUUCUCCGCAAGAUUGGCGUGCACAGCAUCUCUAAAGACGACAAACUCUGUCUUUUGGAGUAUGUUUUGAGUGAUGGAAAAUACAGCGAACUCAAGGGUCUUCAGCUGCUUCCACUCAGCGAUGGUUCUUUCAGGUCUUUCACAGACAAAGAGGAGGACACUGCUUUAAUUGACAGCAAUGAAUUUCCAAGAGCCUUGCUACCCUGCUGCAAACACCUCUUCAUCCCAGAUGAUCUCAGUCCAGCCUGCAGUUUUCACCUGAAAGAACUGGCCAGAAAAAAUUUAUUUAAGGUCAUCAACAUUGCCGUAGACCAGGUGGUUGAAUAUACAAAGCGGUAUUUGCCACAGGACUGGAAGAAGAUGAGGACGAGGCUUGUUACCUGGGACAUCAGCAGCAGUCUACAUCCACCUUUAGACUGGCUCCAAGAAUUCUGGAAAUUUCUUAACACUCACUACAAAGAGUUAAGUAAUUUCAUUGGAAUGCCAUUAAUACCAGUCAGCCCCCUGUCUGUCAGUCAGCCUGUAUCACUAGCAAGGCUAGAGCAGAACACAACCCUCAUUUUUCAGAAAAGCAAGCAGAUGAACUUGCCAGAAGAAAUAGCUCAGUUGGUGAACGAAGUUGGUGGCACAGCAGUGACGGGAAACGAGUGGCUCAAGCACGAAGACCUUGACUCUUAUGUGCUGUGCCCAUCUCCAAGGAGUGUCAUGAAAGUCUUGUUGAAUUUAGAUUCUCAGAAUCUCAUCAGAGAACUAAAGGCUGCCUCUCACAUUGCAAGAGAAAAACUGAAAGAUUAUCUCUCUCGUCUGGAUUCUCUCUCAGUCACUGAGAAAGAUUUACUCUUAAAGUUGCCUCUGUUUCAAACCAUGAAAGGAUCCUGUGUUGCAGCUCAAUCAAAACGUGCUGUGCUUCUAAUUUCUGGCCUAAAAGUACCGACAGAGUUUCCUAUGCCUGAUUCAGUUGUGCAGUGUGCUACUGAGGCUGACCGCAGACUGUUACAGCUGCUCAAAGUAAAUCUCUUGGACACCGCUGAAGCAGCCAAUCUCCUCAUUGAAUGUAUUGAGAGUAGGGCUUGCAGAAAAGAAGACACUGAGAAAAUUAUGACUUGGAUUUUACAGCAUGGUGAUACCCUUUUCUCUCAAAAUCAGACCUUGAAACGCAGAUGUAAGGAGUUGAGCUUCAUUGAAGUUAAUGGAAAGCUGAAAAAGACCUCAAGCUUUUUUGAUCCAAGAAUUAAAUCCUUUAAAGUCAUUUUUGAGUCCGAUUUCUUUCCUCCACCUUUGUACACUCAAACAUCGCAGAUGUUUCAAGGCCUAACAGAUCUCGGAUUGCUAAAUAAAGACAUAUAUGUCUCACCUGAGCACUUGUUGCAUGCCGCCACACUGAUUGACAAACUGCAUGCUGACUCCAAAACUGAGGCUCUCAAUAGAGCUGAGGUGCUCUUGAAGAUGUUGGAUACCAAUGAUCUACUCUCAAAGUUUUCUCCUGAGCAGCUUCAUUGCCUCAAAAGGCUAAAAUGGGUCCCAUGUGCUAUACCUGAUAAUGACAAAAAAUCUCAGACAAGUGGUUUCUUCUGCCCGGAUGAAAUAAGACUUUGCAUUUCUGUGAAUGAGGACAUUGUUGGGCAUGUAAUGCCACUGGUGGGAAAGUUCAGUGACAGAGUUAGCAGCAAACUUGGUUUUCAACGCCUACCCCCAGCUGAAAAGGUGAUAGAGAAUUUGUGCUUCUUGACAUCAAAGGCACAGGAAAUGGCUGAUCCUGACACAAAUGUGGAUUUCAAAAGGAAGUUGCACAAACACAUUGCAACACGACAACUGUCAAUGACUAAUCACGAUCGAGAUCUGAUUCUAAAAUUGGUCGAACAUAAUUUUGCACUUUCUUAGUUUGGCCUGAAAUCAUUGCUGUCAGAUAAAGAAAUUUUGGCUUCUUCAGAUUCUAUAAAGUAUACCAUUGAAGGAACGCGGUAAUAGAGGUAGAAGAAAACAAUUCAGGAUGACUUCCCAGUGCCAGUCCUCAUAGAGGGUGAACAACAUACCCUUAAACCACUGUCAACUGCAGUCUUCUGUGAUGUGAGCAAAAAUGGGUUAAAAGAGCUAAAGUACAGCCAGGAAGAAAUUCAUGUUGUACAUGAGGAAAUUCCAAAAGCAGCUGCUGAAUGGUUUAACAUCCGAUUUCUCAGUAGCUACAUCCUUGAUCCAGAGUUAGUGGGAAUAGAACAAUAUGGACAAUCUGAACCGAUAACAACCAGGAUUAAGAACAUUCUUAAAGAGUAUGAUGAAGAAAGUGACAUCUUCAAAGAGCUCAUUCAAAAUGCAGAGGAUGCUGGGGCCGAAGCCUGUAAAUUCUUAGUGGAUUUCAGAGUGCACAAAGAUGCCCUAAACAGUACAUUGCCUGACAUCACACUUUGUCAGACGUGGGAAACCUAACAUUGGGAUUUUCUGUCCCCAAAGGAAAACAAGUUGGAAAAAAUUGGAAAGUUUGGACUUGGAUUCAAUACUGUGUAUCAUGUGACAGAUGUUCCUUCUAUCCUCAGUGGCAGCAGUCUUCUCAUACUUGAUCCAAAUGUAACUCACCUAAAGAAACACAUCAAACAUAAAACAAACCCGGGAAUCAAGCUGGAUCUCUCUCAGCAACGGCUUUUUCAUUGGUUUCCUGGUCAGUUUGGACCAUAUGAACGCAUCUUUGAUUGUAAUUUCAGCAGAAAAAGCCCCCCUGAACCCUAUCCGGGCACUCUGAUCAAACUCCCUUUUCGAACUGAGGAAGAGGCUCUCAAGUCAGAAAUAAGUGCAAAGGUGUAUCACAAACACAACAUCAUCACUUUUCAACAGCACUUUACUAACGAUUCAAAAACUCACCUGCUGUUUUUGAAGAACAUCAAUACAUUAUCACUACAAAGUAUCUCAAGCGAUGUAUCAACUCCACCAAGAGAUGACGAAAUAAAAACCGUUCUCACUCUCUCCAAAACCACUGUGAGUACAAUGAGGAUUCCUGAUGAAACCAAUGUGUCAAAGCAGCAUCAAGCUGAGAAGUCAUUGAUGAAACUUGAUGGGAAAUGCAAAGAGGUCAUUGACUGCUGCACAGUCAACAUUGUCCAAAUAACCAGUCAGCAAUCUGGUGUAACUGAAGUCCAGCCCUGGCUGCUGUACAACUGCUUUGGGACACAUCAGUCUUUGCAAAUGGCCCGUCAAGAAAACAGUAAAGCAAAGUUCUCUCUGCCCAUCGGGGGGAUUGCUGUGCCUUUGCAAAAUGAUCCAGAAACUGGGAAACUGGCCUCAUUACAAACAGAUCUUGUUGGACAGGCCUUUUGCUUUCUUCCUCUUUCCAUUAAAACAGGUCUUCCAGUUAAUGUAAAUGGAACAUUUGCUGUGACAAGCAACCGAAAAGGUCUGUGGGAGAGUGGGGUGAAACGUGACUGGAACAAAGCCCUUCUUCAGGAUCCUGUAGUGACGGCAUAUGUUACUGCACUUGGGGCACUAAAGAAAAUGUCUGAAAACAAGCAACUGGAAACUUACUGUUAUCACACCUUUUGGCCUGAUAGAGAGAAAGUGAGUGAAGCUUUCAAGCCUUUGGUAGAUGCAUUGUACUCCGCCAUUGCUCAGCACUCCAAUGGCCCAGAGCUCUUUAGUGAUGGAGAACACUGGUGCUCAAUGAACAGUGCCAUAUUUCUACAUGAGAGCAUCGAAGAGGAUAAAGACAUCAGUGCACUUGCAAUGCAGGUAUGCAAGAAACAUGUUAAGGCACCCAACUAUGUUGUUCCUCUUCCACUGUGGGUGAGAAAUAGCUUCAAACAGUCUGACCUAGAGAAGGUUUUACAGAACAGAACAUGGAACUGGGACGAGUUUUACCAAGAAGCAGUGUUUAACAACCUUGGUACCAUGGACCCUAAGAGUAGAGAUGCUCUUGUGCUGCAUGCUAUUGACCUUAAUAUCAAAGAAAUCGACAAGCUACUGGUCUGCUAUCCAUGCAUCCCCACAAAAGGCGGACAGCUGCAGCAUAUCAGGAAACUUGUGAAUCCGUCAGGAAAAGUGGCCUGUCUUUUUGAACCAGAAGAAGGACGCUUGCUUGGUGGUACCAAAGAUGACUUUUGCUCGCCCAAAAGGAUUAAACGCUUGUUGGAACUUGGAAUGGCAAAUGAUCAUCUCCCAUUGGAAGACAUCACAGAGAAAGCAGGCACAAUCCCCAAAACCUGGAGCACUGACAAAAAGAAAGCAUAUGGGCAUUUGAAUUGUCUUCUUGAACUUAUGAACAAUCACAGUAAUGAUGAAGACUCUCUCCACUGGGAAACACUGAGAAUGACUGAAUUUCUCCCAGCAUUUUCCCCCGGUGAUACAAAAAGGGAAAAAAAUGCAACACUUAGAAGACCCACUGAUAUUUUUAGUGACAAAUGCUCCCCACUUGUUAACAUGACACAACACAUGCUGGAUCAUACCAAUCUGAGAAUACACAAUGCUAAUCCAGUCCUGCAAAUGUUGGGAGUUCAUCACAGUCCAAGUCCUGAGCAAGUGCUUCAGCAGCUGCAAGAAGCAUGUGAGCAAUCUCAAUCCAUUGACCGAUCAAUGCUUCACACUAUAGCAUAUGAAUGCUAUAAGUUUCUGAAUCAGUGUCUCAGUGAUUCUGGGGAUUCCACUUUAAUUUCACAAAGGGCAAAUUCAUUCCCAUUCAUUCUUGUUGGCAGCACAUUUGUAAAUGUGAAUCGUGUAGCUGAAAAUGAGCAAUUUGAAGCAAAACCCUAUCUCUAUUUACUUCCACCUGCCUUCACUGGUUUCAGGAGCCUCUGGGAAAGUGUAGGUGUUGAAAAAUGUUUUACAAGCAGUCAGUUUUCAACUGUGCUUCAGGAAUUGCACUCUCAACAUGGUAACAAGACCCUACCAAAGAGUGCCCUAUCAAUUUGCCUCACAAUUUUAACAGCCAUAUAUGAGGCCAAAGAGAAAAUAACGGGUGACUUUCUGAUACCCAACAAACAUGGUGUUUUACAACCUGCAUGUGAGAUGUUUUACAACGACAGCCCAUGGAUGCCAGUCGCUUCAGAUGUCCCAUUAUGUCACGAGAAUAUCUCACGUGUUGUGGCUCGCCACUUCAGAAUCAAAACUACCAGGCAUCAUACCCUGCAAAACCACGUAGUUGAGAACAUUUCACCAUUUGCUUUUCAGUUUGAACAGCAGGAACAACUAACUGUUCGAAUUAAAAACAUAAUUUCAGCCUAUCCAUCGAAGAAGGAUAUCCUUAAAGAGCUUAUCCAAAAUGCUGAUGAUGCAGAGGCAACAGAAAUUCACUUUGUUUGGGACAAACGACAGCAUGGCAAAGAAAAAACCUUUGGGAAGAAAUGGAACCAACUGCAAGGUCCAGCACUGUGUGUGUUCAACAACAAAGUGUUUUCUGAUGCUGACCUGGCUGGCAUUCAACAGCUGGGAGAAGGAGGAAAGCACAACUCUCCAGGGAAGAUAGGAAAAUACGGAGUAGGAUUCAACUCUGUUUACCAUCUGACUGACUGCCCCUCAAUCCUCACUGGAGAUAAACUACUCUGCAUUUCUGAUCCUAAUCAAAAAUACAUUGAAAGUCAAUCAGACAAACCACCAGCUGGCACUGGCUAUAAACUGGCUGACACUUUCAAGAACAUGUACAUCGAUGUCUACAAAUCCUUUCUUCCUGACAAAUUUUCUCUUAAAGAGGGCACCAUGUUCAGAUUACCUCUAAGGAUGGGUACCAUGGCAAACAGCUCUAAAAUAUCAAAGCAGGGAGUCACUGACCAUGACAUGGAAGAACUAUGCUCUGCCCUCUCUGAAGAUCCUGAAGGACUAAUUCUGUUUCUGAAAAACAUCUGCAAAAUAGAAGUCCAUGAAAUCAGUGAACAUUCAGGGAAACUCGAAACCAUCUUCAUGGUUGAAAAAAGUAUUCCACAGAAAUGCAGAGAAGUAAAAGAUGCUUUUGUAAAACUUCAACAACAUGCGCUGCAAUCUGACAAACCAAUAAUGCCAGACAAGGCCAUUUAUGGAACCAUGAUUUCAACCUCCGAUAAAAGACAAACUAGAUGGAUCACUGCAGAGCAGUUUGGCUCAUUCAAAAACAGUGGUGAUGGAGAACUAUCAGACAAACUUCCCCAAGCAGCAAUAGCGGCUCGUGUGAGCUCAAAGAGUUUGAAUCCAGAAUUAUUCAGACCUAUGGAUUUUAUUGGAGAAGCCUUUUGUUCACUUCCUUUGCCAGGGAGAACUGGACUGCCAGUGCAUGUCAAUGCAAACUUUGAGGUAGAUUCUGCCAGAAGAAGCCUUUGGAAAGAAGAUGGGCAAAGUCAAAAAUCUAACUGGAAUGAAUCUUUGAAACAGAAUGUCAUUGCUCCACUGUAUGCGGAUCUCCUUCAUUACAUCAGCCGUAGCAUUGCAGAAAAGAAAGUCCCUUUUUUAUGUAUUGAGUCAUGCUUCAGUAGCUCAUACUUGUGUUUUUGGCCCACUGUGUCCAAAGAUGUUGGCCAGGAUUGGCAUGGAAUGAUACAUGAGGUAUACAGAUCAAUCAAAGAAAGAGGCCUUAAUCUGAUUCCAGUGAUGAGGACUUCAACACGUGUAACUGCAGUCAGAGAAUUUAAGGAAUACUCUUUUGACUGGUGUAAUGUCGGAGAAACUGAAACAACAAAGGCACCUUACCUGACACAUUCAGUAAGCGAUGAGAUGAAUCCCAUUUUGGAAGAUCUUGGAAUGAAAUUGGUUCCUUCUUUCAUGCAAAAAGUUUGGAAAAGUUUCAGAGCCGCUGACAUUAAAGUAAAAGAUGUAAAUGCUUCAACUGUGCAGGCUUUCCUGAGAGAAAAACCCCUCAAUGACCCAACCCAAACAGAUGAAGAGUUACCGCUGCCAAUAACUGCCACUCUAAUCAGAGAUGAAACGAGAUGUUCAAAGCUCUUGAGUUUCUGCUUAAAAGAUUUAGACCCGAAAAAGAUCACCAAUUCCAGUUUACUGAAUGGGCUUCCACUUCUUCUCACAAGAGAUAAAGUUUUGAGAGUUUUCAACUCCAACUCUCCCAAGCUGAUAACAAGAUAUGAGAGUCUGUUCUCUGGCUACGAGGACCAAUUUGCAGAUUAUCUGACCAACAGUGACCACAUUUCUCUACAAUGUUUACAAAGUUUAAACCUUGUCAAACGUUUGACAGUUCCCUGUGCAGUGAAAUAUCUGAAACCUUUAAUUCAGCAGCUUCUUCAGGACUGUGAAGUUAAUCGACACAGUGGUCUUCAUGUCCCAAAUGAGUCAAUGUUGAAGUGGCUGAAAUCACUUUGGAAGUUCUUAAUGAGCGAAAUUAAACCUGCAACAUCUAGUGGUGAUGAACAAAGUCUGACAUUAAGUGAUGUGAGGAAGCUCUUCAGUGACUGCUCCAUUUUACCAGUUGUGUGUCCAAGGUUAAAGAACAAGCACCUUCUGCAAACAAUGAAAGGCAUGCCGAGUGUGAUUGAGUUCUCCUCCGAGAUGGAUAUAUCGGGCAUCCUCUUUAAACUUGGUUUUAUGAAGCUUGACAAUGUAUUCUUUACUGACAUACAUGUAGACCGACAUUUACGUUCACUUCUACACCCUGAACUUAUGCAUGUGAAUGAUACAAGCGCUGUGUUGGACCAGGUCUACAACAUUAACCACUCAGAGUUCCCCCAGCUAUCCAUUAAUGAGAUGAAAGAGCUUCAGCGUUUCCUGCAGUCUGGAGAAUCCAAGUCCAAAGACAAACAAGAGUAUCAGAGAAAGCUCAAAUCCUUGCCAUUAUUUGAAACAAUACAUGGUAACCGAGUAAGGAUUGAUGGACCUAAAGAGGUAUUUGUCCUCAACAGCAGUUAUUCAAAGACAUUUCCUGAUUUGUUCAACCUGGCCGACAGCAACAGCAUUUUUCUCCAAUGCAAUCCAGAUAACUGCAGUCUGUCAGAAACAUUGAAAAUCCAAAUCCUGACUGAUUUGGACUAUUUCAUGAAGUUCAUUCUGCCCGUUGUACACACACUCACAGAGAUUCAGAUGCUUCAGUGCCUCAAACUGUUACUGUCACCACUGUUCAAUUAUUUUCAGAAUAAGGACAAAAUUAUCUCCUCAAUGAAAACAGUGAAAUUGAUUCGCAGUUCCCAAGGCAGAUUGGAGACUGUAUCAUACUACUUUGACAAGAGUGUGGAUCUGUACAAGAAAAUGUUGCCCCAAGAGAGAUUUGUGCCUGAGAGAUUUUGGACUCAGUUGUGUGAAGAAAAUCUACAAACGGAAAGACCAAAAGAGUUGCUCAGAGACCUUGGAAUGAAGCAUGUCGUGUCAAAAGAUGACAUCAUAAAUUUUGCACAACAGUUAGAAUCAGAAGCAAAAGGAAAUGGUCAACUUGAAGAGUUGAAAUUGAAAUCAUCUUCAAUUUUCAAAGCAGCCUUGAAUAUCGUGAGCAACGACAAAAACAACGAGGAAAGAUUGCUGGAGAGCAUAGCUGACAUCAAUUUCAUUUUUCCUGUGAAAAUUCGAAAAGAACUGUGCAACUUUCACCAACCAUUUGCUGCUGAGAGAAACACUGUUAAAAUAAGAGGAUCUUUGAUAGAAAGUGAUCCUAAGCAUCAAGAGCUGAUUUGGUCUUCAAUGCCAAUUAUACAUUUACCGGUUUAUAAGUCACAGAAGCUCAUGCCAAUGCUGAAAGAUGCAGGAGUGCAUGAACAACCACCUUCACACUGUGUAACCAGUAACAUGAGCAACAUCUGUCAGUCGCCCUGUAAAUCUGACCAGUUGAUUAAAACCCGUGCUAAUGUGUUUCGAAGUGCGUAUGCCUACCUGCAAGCAAACGGGUUUAAAGGCCAACCACUAGCUGGUCUUCCUGUUGUGUUGGUUGAAAAAGACAAAGAACUUGUGAGGACUGAUGAUACUACUUUUUCACUCCCCCAUGGCCAUGAGUUCAGACCGUAUUUGUACAACAUUUCUCCACAAGAUGUCAUGUUUGCAGAGUUCUUCAAGAAAAUUGGUGUAAAGGACAAACCUACUGCAGAGCAGUAUUGUAAUGUUCUAGCAGCAGUUUAUGCUGAUUCCAGUGAUAAACCCCAACCUAACCCAAACCAACAGAAAACUGUGAAACGUGCUGUUGAGCAGCUUUUCAUGUUAAUCAAAACUCAACGAAACCAGCCUCUUGUUGACGAUGUAAAGACUUUGUAUCUUCCUGCAGUAGAUGGUAAAUUAUACGCAUCGUGCACACUCCACUACAACGAUACAACGUUUGAGACCAAAAGGUUGGAAGAAGCGCUGGAGAAUAGGUUCCUGUUGCUGGAGAAACUCGGUGAAUGUCAUUUGGGCCGUGACAUUUAUGAGCAUCAUCGGUUGCUGCAAUUGCUGCCUCAGAAAUUUAAGCCUAUAAUGCUGUCUCAGUUCACGGAGGAGAAAGUAGUGGAAUCACACAUGCAGCUUUGUGAGUUUGGGACUGACUGUGAAUUUAGUGGAUGGUUUAACAAACAUCUGUCCUCAGAAGCAUUUGCACAUGGACUGAUUUGUCUUAUCAGAGAGCAGUCUCAGGGAGAAAUAACACAAGAAGAUGCUACUGACAUGUGCAAGAAGACAUUUGGGAGUAUUGAGAUUAUCUGCUGCAAAAGUCUGAAAACUAAGCUUUGGGUGAAUGAACAACCACUACACAAAACUGCCACUGAAACCAAUGUUUUUGUCAAACAAGGGCAACAAAGUUGCGUCUUUUACUUGAAACACAACAAUGACAUGGCUCCCAUGGUAAUAAGUGGCAUCAACAUGACAUUAACAAAGGAGAUUAAUGCUCUUUUAGGUAACAGAAUGGCAUCACAUUACCUCCUAGUCCUUGGACAUCUUCUCGUGUGUGACAGUCUGCAAGAUGUUCAGAAAUGUCUGGCUAACAGUGGGAUCCAUGACAGUGCUGAAACUAAAAGCUUCCCCUGCAAUCCACCAGCCCCUGGAACACAAAUUCCAGAGGAAUGGUUUGAUUCCUUAGACAUGAACAUCCUCAAUAACUUUGAAGAGGGGGAAUAUGUUGGCUACAGCACUAACAACAAGUUUGUUUAUGCAGUUAUUGUUGAAAAACUGCCUCUGCACUCUGGACCAUAUUCACAAAGAUACAAAAUAGAAAUUGGAGAAGAUGAGCCAAUUGAAGUCAGUUGUCUUGACCUGUAUCAGUUUAAGCGACAAAAGAAGCCAGAAUCUGAAGGGAGGACUUGCACGUCUGCCGAAGCUUCUUGCAUGGAGCUGGUGCCACUAGCUGGAGCUGUGCCACAUUCUUCCAAACCAUCAACUACAAGUUCCUCCUCUACGAGAUCCUCACCAGCCUCUCUUGACGAAGCUAAAAUGGAAAUCGACAAAUGUUUGGCAGAGAUCUGGACUCUUCCUCAGGAGGAUAGGCUUAAAGCCAUCAAACGACUGUACCUUAGAUGGCAUCCUGACAAAAACCCAGACUGCCCUCUUCUUGCCACAGAGGCAUUCAAAUACUUGAAGAAUCAAAUUGAUGACCUUAGCAAAGGCAAAACUGCAGGUUCGUCCUAUCCAAGCGGAAACUCAAAUUUCAGUAACUCAAAUUUCAGUAACUUCUAUCAGGAUUGGAAUCAGGAGGCCAGACAUCACAGAAAUGGCAGAGAGAGAUUCUCUAGAGACAACCAUUCCUACAACUUUUGGACCCAUAAUGAAAAUGUCCCAAAGCCGAACAAAGAGGAGGCCCAGCGGUGGUGUAGACAAGCUCGUUGUGAUCUUAACGCAGCUCACAAAGAUGUUGGUGGGGCGAGCACAGAGUGGUGUCUCUUCAAAAUUCACCAAGCAGUGGAAAAAUCUCUCAUAGCUGCAAAAUAUAAAAGAGAUGGUCGACAUCCCAAUAGCAGCUCUAUUUCAGCCCUUGCCGCACAAGUUUCCCUCUACAACCUCCAACUGAGAGUUCUGCCUCAAAUUGUGGAGAAUCUGAAGAUGCUGGGAGUGGAUGCCAAGAAGACUCAGUAUCCCAACUGCCAUCCAUUUCCCCACAUUCCUAAUGAAAGGUUCAAAUUAGAGAAUGAAAUGUUAGCACUGGACAAGGCAUCUGAGCUUCUUAGUAAAGUAGAGGCAUAUGUGAAUUAGGGAUUCAAGACAAACAGAAAUGUCACAUUAGCAGAGGAUUUAAGAUGUUUUGACUAUGUUUUGUUAAAAAUGCUGUUAGCCAUGUUGUGAUAUUGUGAUAUUGACUAUGUUUUGUUAAAAAUGCUGUUAGCCAUGUUGUGAUAUUGAAACAAUACUAUAAACAAAAUAAGAUUUCUGAAAUGAAAAAGAUUGUUUCAUUUGUUACUUAUUACUGAAGACUCAUUAAUAUGUCACUAAAUGCAUAUGUUCUAAAAAAUCUUAAUAUCAAAGCAUUUUGUAAAAUAUUUUUUGUUUUUCAUUUUGUAAACAUUUUGACUCGAGGACCAAUUUAUUCUCAUUAAUACUUUUAUUAUGAAAAUGCAAAUGUUUUUUGUAAACUUUUAUGACUAUAUAUUACUUUAUGAAACUGUAAAAGUUGUUUAGCAAUGUUGUAAUCAUUUAAAACUACUACUCACUUAGGACAGAUAUAAUCUCUGUAUGACAUCACUGGUUUCAAACAUCUUGCAAAAGGACUGCAUUUGAAAAUUAGCCAUCUAGCUAACACGGAUACAAAUAAAAAAAAUGUUGAUUAAUGUCCUUAUUAAUAAAUAAAAUGUUGUGUUUUUUUAUCAUUUAUAACUAGUCACAGAGGAUCAAUAUCAGUACUGUACAACUGUUGUGAAAAUGCAAAAAAAAUCAAAGAAUUUAGUGGACAUGUCACCAUAGUUAAUUUUUGUUACAGAUGUUAAAAUAAAAAAUAAAAAUGAAAUUCAUUGAAAGAUAAAA